AAUCCGUAUGAAGCCAGAUUUUGUUUGGGUGGGUUUAGAUAGUUCAGGUUUACGGAGCCUGCGGUGUAGGGCUUAUUUUGAUCAUAAUUGGAUAGCGGUGGGUCGUCGUUUGUGUUGAGUUUCAGCUAAACCGAGUGAAAGGUUUUGUUAUAGUGGCUGUAGGCCAUUAUAAAGCUUUUAGAGUUGUUAAUUUUUCAUAUUAUUCAUAUGGCUGCUGCCCCCAAGGCUUCGGUUGGGGUUGUGAAAAUCUAUUCAGGAGCGGUUGUGACUGCUGAAUGUGAAAUCAAAGGGAAUGUCACAAUAGGCAGCCGAACAGUGGUGCAUCCUGCAGCUCACAUCAUUGCUGAGGCUGGACCGAUUAUAAUUGGGGAAAACAACUUAAUUGAAGAACAAGUCUACAUAUACAACAGGAGAACAGAAAGUGAUCCUCCUGAUGCUGAGAUUGUCAUGACAAUAGGAAACAACAAUGUUUUUGAAGUUGGGAGCUAUUCUGAAUCACUGAACAUUGGAAACAACAAUGUGUUGGAAUCUAAAAGCAAGCUGGGCAGGAACACUGAGCUUACAAGUGGAUGUGUCAUUGGGGCCAUGUGUGAGGUCUACACCAAUGAAAAAAUGAAGGAAAACACCGUCGUCUAUGGCCGUUCCUGCGAACGUAGGAUACAGAAUGAAAAACCAGCGACCCAGACACUUCAGCUGGACUUCCUGACAAAGGUACUUCCAAACUACCAUUACUUUUGGAAACCAACAAAAGGAGAACAAGUUCUGCAGCAACUCAAGAAGCAGUGAAUAGCUAAUGUAAGCGUCCCAAAUUUUUAAUAAAACGGUGUGAUAAAAA